UUCGUCGCAACAUAUCGUUGCUGUUGGUUUGGUUGCAAUGGUAAAAGAGCAGUUCAGGGAAACUAAUGCCGGAAAGAAAAUAAGCCACCUGCAGUUUGGGUUGAUGUCUCCUGAACAGAUGAGACAGCAAUCACACGUACACGUUGUAAGUAAGAGCCUCUAUGGACCUGAACUACCUCGGAAACCUGUUCCUUUUGGUGUACUGGAUAGACGACUGGGUAUUAGUGAUCAUGAGAGUAGGUGUGAUACAUGUGGCAAGAAUUUGGCAGACUGCAUUGGUCACUUUGGGUUUCUUGAUCUGGAAUUGCCAGUGUUUCAUGUUGGUUACUUUCGUUCUGUUGUUAAUAUUCUUCAAACCAUUUGCAAAACUUGCAGCAAGUUUCUUCUAUCUAAGGAAGAACAACAACCAUUUCUUGAAAUUAUACGAAAACAUACUGCCACAAGUAGCAGCCUUGGAUUGAAGGCAAUCAAGAAGAAGGUUCAUGACAAAUGUAGGAAAGUGAGCAAGUGUCCUCACUGCGGAUCACUGAAUGGAACAGUGAAAAGAUGUGGGAUGCUAAAAAUCAUACAUGAAAAAUUUAAAGUUAAUAAGAAGCAAGUUGAUCAGUCAGUUGUAGAAUUUCAUUCGUCAUUUGCCUCUGCACUGGAGUAUAACAAGGAACUGGAGCCAUUGCUAACCCGAGUGCAAGAGAUACUGAAUCCUUUGAGAGUGAUGUCAUUGUUUAGAGCUAUUCCUAAUGAAGCUAUUCCAUUGUUGGGGAUGAAUAGUAAAGAAGGUGGCCAUCCUACUAGCCUCAUUCUUACACGUCUUCUCGUCCCGCCUGCCUGCAUAAGACCAUCAGUAGCAGCAGACUCUGCUGGAACCAAUGAAGAUGAUGUAACGGUGAAGCUUUCCGAGAUUUUAUUCCUCAAUGAUGUUAUUAGGAAACACCGAUCUUCAGGAGCUAAGAUGCAAAUGAUAAUGGAAGACUGGGACUAUCUACAGCUACAGUGUGCUCUUUACAUCAACAGUGAAAUGUCUGGAGUUCCAUUGUCACUGCAGCCAAAAAAGUUUACUAGGGGAUUUGUUCAGCGGCUAAAGGGCAAGCAAGGUCGAUUUCGUGGAAACCUCUCUGGCAAACGUGUUGACUUUUCAAGCCGAACUGUCAUCUCACCAGAUCCCAACUUGAGAAUAGAUGAAGUUGCUGUUCCUGUAGACAUUGCAAAGACACUAACAUUUCCUGAGAGGGUAACUAGAGCAAAUGUUGGGUUGAUGAGGAAGCUAGUCAGAAAUGGUGCAGAUGUCCACCCUGGUGCAAACUUUAUACAGCAGAAGAAGGAAAACUUCAAGAAAUUUCUCAAGUAUGGCAACAGAGAACAGAUUGCAAACGAGCUGAAGUUUGGUGAUACUGUUGAGCGCCAUCUGAUGGAUGGAGACGUUGUUCUGUUUAACAGGCAGCCUUCUCUCCAUAAGCUUAGCAUUAUGGCACAUUUUGCCAGAGUAAUGCCGCACAAGACAUUUCGUUUUAAUGAAUGUGUUUGCACUCCAUAUAAUGCUGACUUUGAUGGUGAUGAAAUGAAUUUACAUUUGCCACAGACAGAAGAAGCAAAGGCAGAAGCACUUGUUCUAAUGGGGAUUAAAUCAAACCUAGUAACACCAAGGAAUGGUGAACUUGUUAUUGCAGCCAUUCAGGAUUUUAUAACUGGCUCAUAUUUACUGACACACAAGGACAGAUUCUUUGAUCGGGCACAAGCAUCUCAAAUUUUUGCUGCAUUGCUUGUACAGAAGGACUCAAAGAUGCUUGUUAAAUUGCCUUUUCCUGCUAUUGUCAAGCCAGUUCGGUUAUGGACGGGAAAGCAGCUGUUUAGUCUCUUGCUUCGACCACAUCCUGAUUGCCCUGUAAAAGUCAAUGUGCGAGCUAAGGGGAAGCAGUAUCGAGACAGUAUGGGUGAAGAUCUGGCUCCAAAUGACUCUUUUGUUGUAAUUCGAAACAGUCAGUUGAUGUGUGGAGUGAUGGAUAAGUCAACACUUGGCUCAGGUUCUAAGUGCAAUGUAUUUUAUGUCAUUUUGAGAGACUAUGGAGAAGAGCAAGCAGCAAUCUGUAUGUCAAGACUGGCUAGAAUGUGUCCUUUUUUUCUCAGUAACCAUGGUUUCUCAGUUGGCAUUGGAGACGUUACACCAGGAAAGGCGUUGCUGAUUGCAAAAGACGAACUUUUGUCUCAAGGACUAUUUCUUAGGUAUGGCCAGUGUGCAAAUUACAUUGAAGAGUUCCAUUCAGGUCGACUUCAAACACAACCAGGAUGCACAGUUGAAGAAACACUUGAGGCUAGACUGUUAAAGGAAUUAUCUGUUAUUCGCGAUCGUGCUGGACAGACAUGCCUUAGAGAGCUACAUCCAAGCAAUGGCCCUCUGACAAUGGCCUUGUGUGGUUCCAAGGGUUCCAAUAUCAACAUAUCUCAAAUGAUAGCUUGUGUUGGACAACAAGCUAUCAGUGGAAAGCGCAUUCCUGAUGGAUUUGAAGAUCGAUCUUUGCCCCACUUUAAGAGGCACUCCAGAGAACCUGCAGCCAAGGGUUUUGUCAGGAACAGCUUCUUUUCUGGCCUUACACCAUCAGAGUUCUUUUUUCACACAAUGGGAGGCAGAGAGGGUCUUGUAGACACAGCAGUAAAAACAGCUGAAACUGGUUAUAUGCAACGUCGAUUGGUUAAGUCACUUGAAGAUCUCUGUUCUCAGUAUGACUUAACAGUCAGGAAUUCUGUUGGAAGUGUGGUACAGUUCAAGUAUGGAGCAGAUGGCUUAGAUCCAGCUGCCAUGGAGGGUCAUGACAAACCUGUUGACUUUAACCGGAUGUUACUAGACAUUACUGCUCAAAGCCCGUGUAAAAGUGAAUCAUGUUUGUCAUCAUCUCAAGUGCUAGCUAUCACAGAACAGUUUUUGUCAUCAGAAAGUUGCAGUGGUUGUAGUGAAGAGUUUUGGAAGGACAUACGAGAAUUUGUAAAACAUUAUUCCAGUCGGUUGCUGGAUGCUCAUUUAAGACUUGGCCUAGUAAAAUCACCUGUGAGUGAAUUGAAGCAGUCAGAAGAUUGUGGUCUUUCAGUGAAUAGAAGCACAGCUUGUGAGGUCUUAAGACUUACAAAGACACAGCUUGAAAUGUGGCUUCAAAGGUGUACAACUGUAUAUUUGAAAGCUGAAACAGAACCCGGAACUGCUGUUGGUGCAUUGUGUGCUCAGAGUAUUGGUGAGCCUGGGACACAAAUGACUUUGAAGACAUUCCACUUUGCUGGAGUCGCUGCAAUGAAUAUUACUCUUGGAGUACCAAGAAUUAAAGAGAUAAUCAAUGCAUCUCGAACCAUCAGCACUCCGAUUAUUACAGUGCCUUUAGAAAUAGAUGAUGAUGAAGAAGUAGCUCGUGUGGUAAAGAUGCGAAUUGAGAAAACUCUGCUUGGAGAAGUAUGCAGUUAUCUGGAAGAGGUGUACAUGGAAAAUCAGUGCUAUAUUCAUUUGAAACUAAAUCAGGAACGAAUUAGACUGCUAAAGAUUGAAGUCAAUGUUGACACAAUUCGUGAAUCUUUGUGUAAUGCUUCAAAGCUCAAGCUACGAUACCAACAUGUGGUGGCAGUUGACAAAAGUUCACUUCUGGUGUUUCCACCUGCGUUACCAAAAAGUUCUGUGUACUAUGUAAUGCAACAACUGAAACAAGAACUUCCAAGCAUUGUGGUUAAAGGCAUACCAAGUAUAACAAGGGCAAUCAUUCAUGUUGAUGACAGUGGAAAGUCUGAACGGUACAAACUGCUUGUGGAAGGUCUAGACAUACGAGCUGUCAUGAGCACUCGGGGCAUAAAGGGUGUGUCAGUAACAUCCAAUCAUAUUGGUGAAGUGGAAAAAACUCUUGGGAUAGAAGCAGCAAGAAUUACCAUCAUGACUGAAGUACUAAACACAUUGAAAGCCCACGGCAUGAGUAUUGACAAUCGUCAUGUUAUGCUUUUGGCUGACUUAAUGACUUUUCGGGGUGAAGUGUUGGGAAUAACUCGCUUUGGUCUGGCGAAGAUGAAGGAAAGUGUUCUUAUGCUUGCUUCUUUUGAAAGAACUGCAGACCAUCUAUUUGAUGCUGCGUUUCUUGGGCAACAGGAUGCAAUUAAUGGAGUCAGUGAGUGUAUCAUUAUGGGCAUUCCAAUGAACACUGGUACUGGGUUGUUUAAACUACUUCACAGGUUACCUGUGAAGAAAUCGCAUCCUCCAAAGCGAUUGCUCAUAUUUAGCAAUAAGGAAUUUCACUUGUUUGGGUGAGAGUGGAGUUUGUCAACUAUCGAUUGAUUGACAAUAGUAUAACUUUGAUAUAAAUGGUCAAUAGCUUGAUCUUUGCAUAAAUGGCUUAGCAAUACCAUUGUUUGAGACUUUCAAGUUAAAUUACAUACAGUAUACAGUAGAGUGAAAAUACAGACUUUUAAUUGUC